AUGGUGAUUGGCGGAGAGAUCCGGGCAAGACCGCACACACAAACAGUUAAGAAGUGCCUGGCUUCCCGUCGCUGCCUGGCGCUUCUUUUCUCCCUCCUUUUUCUUUCUCUCCCACUUCAUCUUUCUUCCCACUCCACACAUCUCUCUAUUCAAAUUUAUCACCACUCAGUCACCAUACAGCAUCAUACUUAUACCACUUCUGAUACUCCGUGCUUUCAAAAUGGCCUGCUAAACGCCUCCCCCGCACCAGCUACGUCUUUCUCGUACGAGACAGACACCAUAGAUCCUCUUCGGACCUCGUCUUUUUCUAAUCUCUCCUCUUCCACCCCCUCAGAGUCUCCUGUCCCAGGACCUCUGAACUUUAGCAUCGCUUUGCGUAGCUCAAGUUCUCCGAACAACGCUUUCCCGUUCGACAUCUCGUCGUUCACCACGGAUACCCAACAGCAAUCAUGGCUUCCCACGCCCCCGCCUCAGCAGCCAUCGGCUCCAGUGAAUUUGAUUCCCAGCGACAACAACAACAACCCCAGUCCCCUUCCGCAGGACUUCGUGCUCUUUCCCGCUCCGUGUCCCCCGCCGCAACCCAGGGACUCGCGUGCUCAAGCACCGAUCAAUUCUACCCCUAGAUUAUCCGCAUAUCAACCUUCUCUGGUCCAACCAGGGUAUCCUGUUAGACGACACUCUUCAGCUUUGCAUCAGCAGCUCCCAGGCUCGCCUGCGCAGGUUCCUCUUUCGGCCAGAUUAGCCGCUCAAUCUUCCGGAUAUUCCUCGUCUCCGUCUUCUUGGUCUCACCCCGCUCUGCGAAAGCAUUUCGCGCGUCGGUUCGCAACACCUGCCGCUUCGAAUUCUACUCCUGCAGUGAACAACACUGCCUACUCUAACCGCCCACCCGUCCCUCUAUUCAACGACAAGACGGUCAACUAUUCCGCCUUUCCGAAUCAGCACAACCAAAACCUAAAGAGAAAAUACGCUUCGUAUCUACACCAUCGCCGCAUCAUGUCUACCCCCAACAUCGCUCAAGAUUUCCCUGAGCUUUUUGAUCUUCAGUCCAACCGCUUUGGGGACGAUCUCAGCUCCCCAGAGUCCAACAUGCUUUCGCCCCAGAUCAACACUUCGUUCUUCAGCCCGAUGGGUGAGGUUGCCCCUCCGGGCACUGUCUCGCCGAAGGAUCUGUUCUUCGAUGCUUCGGCUCCCCCAUCGACGACUUUCACUGAUCUCAGCACUCCCCCGCUGGAUACGCCUGGCUUCUUCAGUCAGAACACAUCUCCCAUGAUCAAUACCGAGAUGGAUCUGAACGCCGUGCCUGAGGAGUGGGAGUCUUUGUUCCCUCAGGAUGGGUUUUCUCUGGACUUGGACUCGGCUGCCCUUGAGCUUGCUGCUUCGCUUCAACAGCCCAAGGCGACCGGACCUCCUCCGACUCCAGUGAUCCGUGACAGCGCCUCGCCCGCGCCGUCUGCCUCUCCUGCCCCAUCCCGUCAGGGCACCAAGCACUCCACAGUGGCCGGUGUCAAUGCGCGCCAGCGGAAGCCGUUGCCUCCGAUCAAGUUUGACUCUGCCGACCCCGCCGCCAUGAAGAGGGCCCGCAAUACCGAGGCUGCUCGCAAAUCUCGUGCUCGCAAGCUUGAGCGUCAAGGCGAGAUGGAGCGCCGUAUUGAGGAGCUCGAGCGGAUGCUUGAAGAGUCCAAGCAACGCGAGGAGUACUGGCGAAGCAUGGCCAAGACUGGCACCAACUGA